UUCCGGUCCGACGUGUCACGUGGGAUCCAUGGAGCUAUUAAAAUAACAGAAACAGCAGAAAACACCGAGAAACGCGCCUCAAAACGGCUUUAGUCGCUCCGUGUUGAAGACAGCGCCUUUGGGAGUUUAUUCCGGAGAGACGUAAAGUGAAAACAGGACGUAAAAAGACGCAGCGGCGACGUGAUUACGUUUACAACAAGACCCCGCCCAGAAUCACACCAGUUUAAGACAGACGAAGGCAGGAUGAAGAAGAAAGUGAAAUGUCCAGUGAAGCGUCCGGCGAGCAGCGACGAAGACUCCGACAUGGAACGAAACUUCACACUUUUUGAGAGACAGGAGACGAAAACAGACGACCAACACGAACGGAGGGAGGAGGAGGAGGAGGAGGAGGGGGAGGAGGAGUCGGCAGAGGAAGGGGAGGAGUCAGCGGCAGAUGAGGAGGAUGAUCCAGAGGAAGGGGAGGAGUCAGCGGAGGAGGAGGAUGAUUCAGAGGAGAGGGAGGAGUCUAACGAGGACACAAACUUAGAGGAGGAGGAGGAUGAUGUUGAAGAUAAAGGCGAUGAUGAGCUCCGAACCAGAGAAGAUGUUCAGAAAGAAUUGUCCCACAUGUCGUUCGAAGACGUUCUCAAACUGCAGAACAAAGUCGGAACCAAAGUUUACAACAAAGUGAAACACAACAGCUGUUCUGGACCUGAACCGAGCGAGAAGAGAAAACGCCUCAACAAGAACAGACCGAUGGAGGUAUCUGCAAAGAGACCUGUGCCGUUUCUGCGUCAGGUGGUGUCUGCAAAGAAGUCUACGCUCAGAGACCCUCGCUUUGACGACCUCUCUGGAGAAUACAAGGCAGACAUCUUUGAGAAAACCUACAGCUUCAUCAACGACAUCAAGCUCAGAGAGAAAGAGAUCAUCAAGAAGAAGCUGAAGAAAGCCAAAAGUGAAAGAAAGAAGGAGAAGCUGCAGUUCCUGGUGAAGAGAAUGGAGAACCAGGAGAGGGCGAGACUGAGCCACGAGCACCAGAGAAACACAGAGCUGGAGUUAAAGAGAAAGCAGCGAGAGCGAGCCAGUCAGGGACAAGCACCGCUCUUCCUCAAGAACUCUGAGAGGAAGAAGCUGCAGUUGUUGGAGAAAUACCAGGAUCUGAAGAGGAGCGGGAAACUGGAGAAUUUCCUGACCAAAAAGAGGAAGAGGAAUGCAGCAAAAGACCGAAGGAAACUGCCCCCGAAGCAGCACUCGAACGCUCCACGAGGCUUUCACGGCCCUCACUGAGAACUGUCUGCUCCUAAAGGGACGGUCACCAGAGCCAGAGGAGGAGCAGCGGACAUGAAGACACAAUGGUCCCAAUGGUUUGAACGUGUAAAUGUUGAUUUGUGCUCUGGUAAAUAAAAAAUAUUUAUUUUUUACACUUACAAA